AUGCAAACUUUUGGAUGCAAAUUUCCGGUCUCGCAACCUUCAACCCAAGCCGACAGCGAGCCAAGCACAUCAUUCACCCCUGCUGGCGAAUUGCUCACCGAGUCCUUACGACGAGUAUUUUUCGGGCGUCUCGAGCCCGGUCAAAUCAACAGAUGUGAGCUAUUUUUCCUCCGAAGCAUGAGGCGUGCACUCCCCCUCAGUUUUUCAGGCUUCUUUUUAGACAAAUGUGACUCCAUACGCCAACGUUCCUCAGGGGAAAUUUUCAUCGGGGGACUUAUCACGAUCAUAGGUCGAGCCGUCGGCCUAGACUUCCCGGAUCCCGAGUACAUACCUGUCGACACCCCACCGAACUUCCUGCUAGAUUGUGACACUCUCAUCCGGAUGGAGAUGUUGCUCGAUCGGGGAACCCGCACGUACAGUUGGUUAGACUCUGACAAAGCCCCGGUUUACAUCCUGCCAAGUUGGAUCGGUUCUUCAUUCGAUACAGGCGACCCCGACACUUGGCUUCCUCCAGAUCAUUGA